UUUGACAAGAACACUGCUUGACGUUAACGAUUGUCAAUGUGUGUGUGUGUGCGUGGUGUAUGGAUGAAGAGAAGUUACGACGGGUGUCGGAGGUAAGCGAAGCAGAAAACAACACGAACAACACUCUGCUGUAUCGACUGGGCAGGAAGGUUCGUGAAAAACACUGUGAGAAGUGUGGAAAAUUUCACCGAUAGUGCAACAGCGCAAGAUAUGCAUAUUGCACGAUCAUCAUCAUCACCAUCAUCAUCAUUCAUCGAGACAGAAUUGCAUUUUCCGUGUGAAACACAGUGUCGCGAAGGACACAUCAAAGCAGGCUUCGGCGAAUUUUUAUACAACGGUGUUGGUACAGUUCCGGUGUAAAGAUGAAACAGUAAUAUAGAAUGAAAUAGAGCGUUGCACAGUAAGUAGAAAAUUGUAGCAGCAUGGAUCCAAACCGAUCACUCUUCGACGAAGAAGUGGAUCGGAUUAGCCAGAUCCGUCCGUUGGACGGCCAUCGGUUCUUUACCCGGUCGAACAGCAGCAACGGUACGCAGAAUGUUCUCCUGAAGGUGCUGAACCGGGAGCAUUCGGGCUAUCUGUCCACGGGAUUGAACAAACGUUCGCAUCAGCAACCAUUCCAGGAGGUGCCAGAACAGCUGCAGUUCUGCCUGAAAAGUAUCGUACCAUACUGUUUUCUGAGUGGGCACAUCUUCAUGGGCUUGACUAGCUGUGGACAGUUUCUGCUCAGUUACAAACUAUCGUACGACUAUGAUGAAGCGUUUGCGAAUGAUUUCUGCUCCAUCCACAAAUAUGAGCUUUACUUUUGGAUUUACAGGCCGCAUGUGUUGCUGAGUAAAUAUUUUCACGUUUGCCUUUUCGACGACCACGGGGUGGGCGAAAUCAAGUCCGUCUCGAUCACGCAGUGGAAAACGGACAGUCAGCUGCUGAUCGUGCACGGUGGUAAUUUGAACGAAGAUUCCGAAUCGUACGUGACGAUGGUGCGCGUACCGAAGCUGGGCUGUCUGGACUGCAAGCAGGUGCGCGAUGCGCACGAGGGCGACGAACAGCGGCAGGAUAUUCUGUGCAUUGGCUGUAACAUGACGAUCCACAUGAAGUACCGAGGUACCGAUUCUGGGCCACGGUUUAAUCCGAACUUCAAUCUCAACUGUCCUGGGUAUGUGAUUAUGAGUGAGAAUAGCAUCAUUCAUACCAUCAACGUUAAGCUGGACACGAGAAGAAGCCAAGAGUGUGUAGGGCACUCGGCAACACUGAGCUCCAAGUAUUUGGGAAACGUCAUCCCGCAGAAGGAUGUGCUGGUGGAGGAGUGUAAAAAGCUGACGCCAUGUAAAGGCGCGGAUGCAUCCGUCAGCGCAAAGCAGCACGAAAGCAACGGUGCUGCAAAGAAAUGUGAACUCGACGCGGUGAAAAUCGGUGACGGGCCGGGCGCUGCUACGCUGCUCAAUCCGGAACUGAGCAUUGCCGAACAAAUCAUUGCGGAUUUCGCAGAAUACGAGACUGAUAUGUAUGAAACGAAGUGUUCCAUUCGAAGCUAUCCGGAUAACUUUGACGAGCUGAUCAUUACCUCGCCGAUUGCUUCUGCUGCGGCGCAGGAGUCGACCACCGAACCAGGCAUGGCGCAAGUGCGACUGAUGAACCAUCGUAAUAACACAAACAUAGAGCUAAGACUUGAUGGCGCAUCCGGUGGUGCGUCCAGUUCGUCAUCGUCCGUUGCGUCCCUGGCGGGCCCGUCGGUGAAAACCGCGGUAACGAUCGUUCCGCCACGAAAAUCGUUCGUGACACGCGUCGAUCUGCAGUGUGGCGGUAGUUCGCCAUGCCAGGAAGGGUUUGGUAGCGUGCGCGCAAUGAACCCAUCCUCCGUACCCAUGUGUGAUAUGUCAUUUACGGCUAGUUCCUCAACCACUGCACUGGCUCCGUCAAUCUCGCGGUCGCCACUGCGAAGACGAUUCGAUCUGUCCGACUCGUCCUAUGUUCCUAACGCUCAAAUUGCUCACCAACAGUCAAAAUUGCCCUUACAGCAGUGCGUUGUAAACGGUGCCAAUGGUGCAAACUUCCAGGUCGCUUCCGAAGCGUCGGGCCUCGAGCCGGACGCCGAUUCGGCUGCGAAAGCCUACGAGUUUUCGGAGGACAAUGAGCGCUGUGAGAAGAUAAGCGCCUUUCGGAAGCGCCGUCUGGCCGAUAAGAAGUAUGAAUUUUCCGAAGAGCCAACCAGCGAGGAAAACAUCGAACCGUUCAACCGGUUGCGAAACCAAAUCCGGGCCCGUGUAACAGCGCCCGGCUACAGUGCGUCACAUCAUCAUGCCAGCUAUGCAGAUUUAAUCUCAACAACCCACCAUCUGCAUCGAGCCUCACCAAACCAUGGAUUCCGGUCACCGUGCGGUUCGCCGGUUGGUAACAGAUAUCUACGCUCGCCGCCCGGUAUUCGUUCCCCAUCGUACUAUCGGCAUCGCUCACCUUCGUCCCAAGGUCAGCACGGUUGUGGCUCGGUAGUGAUGGUUGGUGGCACGGGUGGUGGCAUUGCACCAGGCGCUUCGACAGCCCCACCAGCUGGUGCUCCGAUGAAACAAAUGAAACGAAACGUCUCGGUCGAUCCGCGAGACUACAUACAGAUACUUUCGCCCGGUAAUGGCAUUCCAGCAGGUGGAUCAAGCGAGACAGGCACUCCAGACAUUCCGAAGUUUUUCCUGGAUGCGGUCCAGAAGGUUAGUGCCAAAAGGAUGGCAAACGAAUUGCUGCUGUUGGACGACUCAAACAACGAAAAUAACAUCAAUGGUGAUAAUCAGCUUCCGACCAAGCGGUCAGGCAGCGUCGAUACAUCGUCCGAAUCGUCGAAAACGGCCAGCGACAUGCCGACUUGCACGAAAAGGAUAGUAAAAAUCUUCGUCGAAGAGGACGAUGCCAAUUCCGUAGUAACGAUGGAGGAUGAUGAUUGCAUUUCGCCCGGAUACCAUGCCUCACUGCCAAUGGAAGUGCACGGCUCCUGUUACUCGAAGAUGCAGAUCAUUUCGCAGGCAUCAUUCAACAAGCUCAAUUGUCCGGCUGUUGUCGUAACGCAAAAUUCGUUCGACAUGGAAGUGUUUUCGUUCCACGUGGCCAAUUAUAUCUGCGCACAGGAAAGCAAGAAGUAUGGAAUUUUGUUGGAUUCAGCGUACGAACUAACGCACGUAUGUCCGCUAACGGAAACGAUAACCUGCACGACGGUGCUACAGUUUACGGCCAACGAUAUCGGCAACAGUAAACCAAAACCAUGCCAGAACUGUUCCGCCACCAUCGACUGCCAAACACACCGGAAGAUUUAUCAGUGCCGUUCGCUGUUUACCUGGUGCAUUACCACGGGCGAAUGGAUGAUACUGGACUACGGGCAUUUAACGUCCGGGCCGUACUUGGAGGUGAAGAAGCUCGCCUCCAACUAUAACUAUUUGCUGAAAAAGCUGCGUUCGUUCACGACAAAGCUGUUCACCAGCGAAGGUCAAAACGAAUCUAAUCGAACGUACGAGUAUCUGCAUCAUCUUCGGGUGCUUGAUUCUGAUACGAAGAAGGCAAAACGCCGCCUAACCGAUCUCGAUAAUAUGAUUGAGCUGUAUUUGAGGCGCCCGCGCCGGGGCGACGAUUACAGCGGAACGGACUCCGAUAGCUAUGGUGAGGAAGACGACGAAGAAGAAGAGGAGGAGGAAGAAGAAGAAGAGGAGGAGGAAGAGGAAGAAGACGAGGAGGAUGAAAAUAUGGACAGCUCCUCUGAUGACUGGUAGGAUACAGGUCGAAUGCUUUGAACUCUGAUAGGUGCAGGUGGGCACACACGAUCGAUCAGAUCGAACACGGCAGUUGUUUCGCUUGUUUUGCGCUCCUCUCCGUGUCGUAUCAAGCGGACCACCAUCGAGUCAACGAGCAAUGUAGAUCUUCGUACAUUUUCUUUCGGUUAGUUUCGUUUUUGGAAAUUAACCGAUCCGUACCGUGUGUGUAUAUUGCGAACCGUGUGACGUGUUUUUAGUGUAUCAACUUCAUGCUAGAUUCGGUUAAGUAACACAGACUGGUUAAUAUGUUUGAUCUUUCAUGAAAAGAAUCAAAUAUUCUUAUGAAUAGCCGACCUUGAAUUCAAUUUUUCCCUCAUUUUUUUUGUUGCUCUUUGUAAAUAAUUCACGUAAUGUUUCCUCUACAUUCGAAUUCGAUUUCGGUCUUUUCUUUUCAACUUAUCUUUAAUGCAUCAUGCUUUCCACGGAACUGCAGCAUUGACUGUUUGCCAUUAUUGACACAACAACCGCGUAAUGAUUAAGAAAACGGAAAACACGACAAAGCAUUACAAACCGGAGGAUGAUGAUAACUAUACAUAUAUACUAGCAGGUAGCAUGGAAUGUGUUGGAAGUGUCAGCGCACUAGCUCUAAAUGGAACGGGUAACACUGUUAGUGUACCGUCGGCGCUCCCGGAGGUUGUGAUUGAGCUACUUUUCAUUUGUCUCUUUUUAUCUAAAACAGGAAUCUAAAUAAACCCAAAAUUACAAAAAUUA